ACUUGCAGAACGCCAGCCAGAGCAGAGCGCCUUUGGCUUGACCGCGCCCACACGGCCACGCCUUGGAUUCGCACUGCAGCUCAGCACACACAUCAUUCCAAUCUACUAGCGCAGUAGCGCCUCGCCUCGUAGCAUCCGACGCGCGCCGGCACCGCGAUGCCCGGCGCGAUCGUUGCGUGCUUCCGCUGCGCCGCGCCGUCCUCGGCCGCGGCUGGGCCCAGCCUCGCGACCUCCGUCUACGAGACCCACCUCGGCCUCGUCGCGCUCUCCUGGACCCGCACCUCGCUCGGCCUCUCCCUCCGCGCCGUCCUCCGCCUCUCGUCGUCGUCCCUGCCCCCCUCGUCCACGCCCGCCUCCUGCUCCUCGGCCGGCGGCUACCUUGAUGACGACCCCGACGAGGAGACCCUCGCCUUCCGCGUCAACCCCUGGCUCCUCUGGCGGCGGCGCGGGUCCAGGCGAUUCCGCGCUGGCGACCGCCGCAUCGACCUGGCAUGGGACCUCUCCCGCGCGCGCUUCCCGGGCUCCGGGUCCCCGGAGCCCUCCUCAGGGUUCUUCGUCGCCGUCGUCAUCGACGGCGAGAUGGUCCUCGCCGCCGGGGAUCUCCCCGACGCGGCCUACCGGAGGACCCACGCCCAGCACCCGCCCGGAGGCGCGCACCCCGUCCUCCUCUCCCGGCGGGAGCACGUCUCCCUGCGCGACGCAGGCCCCGGCCGCGGCCGCAGCCACACGACCUGGGUGACCGUCCGGGGCAAGGAGCGGGAGAUCUCCGUGGAUCUCGUGGCCCGCGGCCGCGGCAGGGACAGGGCCGCCGGCAGGGAGAAGGAGAAGGACCGGGCGGACGUCGGCAUGUCGCUCUCCGUCGACGGCCAACGCGUGCUCCACGUGCGGCGGCUGCGCUGGAAGUUCCGAGGCAGCGAGCGGAUCGACCUCGGCGGCGGCGACCGCGUCCAGGUCUCCUGGGACCUCCACAAUUGGCUCUUCGCCCCGCGCGAGCCGCCUCCCGCGGACGCCUCGACGCACGCGCGUGCCCACGCGGUGUUCAUCUUCCGGGUCGAGCUCGGCGGCGGUGGCAGCGGCGAGGAGCGCGAGGCUGAUUUGGGGAAGGACCCCUCGUCCGAUAAGGCCGCGAGAAGGAGCACGGGCGUCUGGGGAGGCUACCUCGCGCGGUGGGGGCAACGGGACUGGAGCGAGACGGGCAGCAGCGGGGACAGGAAGAAGGGCAGAGGGAGGAGGCUGGCGAAGGGGAGCUCGUCCUCGUCGGCGUCCUUGGCAUCCUCGGCGGCGUCGUGGGCAAGCGGCUCGACGGUGAUGGACUGGGCCAGCCCCGAGGAGGCCGAGAUGCAGCGCUGCGACGGCUACUCGCUGCUGAUCUACGCCUGGAAGAGCUAGCGCCGGGCACUGCUCCGGUCAGCGGCAUUGAAAACUGCCCAUUGGAUCGUUGUUGUAAGUUGCAUUGUUCUGGUGCAGCUUGGGCAUUUAGGAUUGAAUUGGUCUUGGAUUACCUUAGAAAACUAGCAUUUGCUACGUGUAAUGAGCAACUAGUGAGGCAAUUUUUUUCCCAUUCUUAGCAAAAUUUGCAUUUCUUGACUAGGAGUAAGGAAUCACAUUCAGGACAUUUUGAACAGUUUGUAGUCUGGCCA